CCGGCUGGCCGCCCUCCGCCACCGCCGGCCAUGGACGGGCUCAUGAUGCCCCCGCCGGCCGGUCUGCCCCUGAUGCCGCGCCAGCGCGCCUAUACGCACACACACACGCACACGCGGCUGCAGCGCUCCGCCUUCGGUCCGGCGUCCACCCGGGCCAGCUGCAGCGAGCGGCUGCACCCGCGGCAGCGGAGCCGCGCGGCGCCGGCCGCCGACGGCCGCAGCGGCCCGCUGUACCGCUCCAACUCGUCUCUGGAGCUGGAGCCGACCGGCGGCGGCGGCGGCGGCGCGCUCCGCAGAGAGUUCGGUUCGCACGGCUCUAUCGACGCCAUCGGUGGCGAGGCGGCGUUCGCCGUGCUGACCGAGUUCCGCAGCCUGGACCCGGAGCUGGCGGCCGCGCGCGACGCCGACUCGGCCGACGCCAGUCCGCGGCAGCGCUCCCGACUGCAGCGGCUCUGGGACCGAGACCGGCGCGCCAGCCGAAAGGCCGGCGGCGCCGAGCAGUCGCUGUUCAGAAAGCUGCGCGGCGGCAGCGUCAAGGACUCGCAGCGGCUCUCGGAGCCCGAGACUAGCCGCUCGACCGACUCGCUGGACGGCGAGGCGCGCCAGGAGGAGCGGCGCCGCCGGCGCGCGCUCGUCCACUACGACUGCCAGAGCCUGCGGGUGAGCCUGGCGGCAGCGGCGCGCCGGCGCACCCGGCUCGACGAGCGGCACAACCGAGCCACGGGCGCCAGCGCCGCCUCGCAGCCGGCCAGCCGCUCCGCCGACGAGCUCUCCGAGGACGAGGAGCACGGCGACGACCGCAGCAACGACCUGGUCCAGAGUUGCCCUUUCUUUCGGAACGAGGUGGGCGGCGAGCGGGACCGAACGCUGCAGCUGGCGCCGAGCGGCGGACGGCGGCGGCGGGCGGCCGCGCGACCCGACCUGCACUGCCACCGCGCGCCGGCCACGUGCGGCCUCUCGGUGCUCGAGCAGCCGGCCGGCAUCACCCACUGGCCGGCGCACGUCUGCCCCUUCAGCCGGCACGGCAUGGCCAUCGAGCACUCGAACGUCGGCAGCUACUACUACAAGGACUUCUUCCACGGCAGAGAGCACGAGAACUGGGUGGGCACGGACGACAGCCUGGGCCCGGUGGCGGUCAGCAUUCGGCGCGACUGGCUGCAGGAGAGCGGGCCGCGCGCCGCCGCCGCCGGAGAGGGCCGCGACCACACCUGCUACCGGGUUAUCGUGAGAUCCAGCGAGCUGCCGACGCUGCGCGGCCUGAUUCUGGAGGAGUCGCUGUUCCCCCUGAUCAAGCCCAGCGAGAAGCUGAAGCGACUGCCGGUUCGUGAUAUCCUCGACCACGUGGCGCCCGAGCUGCAGUACAACUGUUUGCGGUUGGCCGUGGCUGAGCCACGCACCGAGGACUACCUGAUGAAGCUCGACGAACAGUACAUCUUCAACCGGUACAAGGUGGGCAUCAUGUACUGCCGGGCCGGCCAGAGCACUGAGGAGGAAAUGUACAACAACGAGCAGUCGGGACCGGCGCUCGAUGAGUUCCUCGGCAUGCUCGGACAGCGCGUCAGACUCAAGGGCUUCGACAAGUACAAAGCGGGACUCGACAAUAAAACCGACUCGACCGGGGAGUAUUCUGUGUACGUCAAACACCAGGGUAACGAGAUCAUGUUCCACGUCUCCACUCUGCUCCAGUACUCGCCCAACAACAGACAACAGCUACUGAGGAAGCGCUACAUCGGCAACGACAUCGUCACCAUCGUGUUCCAGGAGCCGGGCGCGCUGCCGUUUACGCCCAAACACAUCCGCUCACAGUUCCAGCACGUGUUCAUCGUGGUGCGAGCACUGAACCCGUGCUCCGAGAACACCCAGUACAGUGUGGCUGUGAACCGAUUUCGGGACGUGCCCGCGUUCGGACCGCCCAUCCCCGAAUCGGCCACCUUCUCAAAGUCGCAGGCCUUUGCCGAGUUCCUGUACGCCAAAGUGAUCAACGCCGAGAACGCCGCCUACCACUCGGAGAAGUUUAUGACAAUGGCCAAGCGGACCCGAAACGAGUACCUGAAGGACCUGGCCACCAACUACCUGACCGAGCAGACGCUCGACCCGCCGCAGAAGUUCUCGAUCAUGUCGUUCGGCAGUCGGAAGAAGGACCGUCCGCGGCCGCGGUUCCGGCCGGACGCCGUGCAGCGUGGCGCCAUCUGUUGGCAGGUGGUGGCUGACGAGCAGAGCUCCGUCAGACAGGUGGACUGCGUGCUGGGUAUCUCUGCUGACUCUGUGGUUCUAAUUGAGGAGAGGACCGACCGGCUGCUGUUCGCUGCUCCGGCCGCCAGCGUCCUGGGCUGGACCCUGCAGGGCACCAGCCUGCGGGUGUACUACCACCAGGGCGAGUGUGUGGUGCUGCGGCCACAGACGCCCCAGGACACGGAGGAGCUGGCGGAGAUGGCCGCGCGACUGGCCGCCGUCACCGCCGGCUGCGACUCGCAGGAGCUGGUGCUGCGCCGGAACCAGCUGGGCCAGCUGGGCUUCCACGUGCAGAGCGACGGCCUGGUGACGGAGGUGGAGGGCGGCGGGCCCGCCUGGCAGGCCGGACUCCGACAGGGCGCCCGAAUCGUGGAGAUCUGCCGGGUGCCCGUGUGCUCGGCCAGCUACGACCAGAUGGUGGACCUGCUAAAGACCUCGGUGCCCGUGUCGCUGGUGGUGCUGCCGCCGGGCGCGGACGGUGCGCCGCGCCGCGGCUGCCUGCUGCCCUCCUGCGGCGCGCCGGCCCCGGAGCCGGAGCCGGGCCGACGCGCCGGCUCACCGCCGCCGUCCGUCGUCAGCUCUGGGUACGGCACGGGCGGCAGCGGCCGCUCAGCGCUGGCCGCCGGCUCUCUGGAGGCCGGCGGCACGCUCAGCAGCUCGUCCAGCGGCUCCACAGAGCGGUGGGCCGACGAGGCCGAGCCGCCGCCGCCGCCGCUGCCGGCGCGCCACCGACAACGGCUCCCGGCCGCGCGCAGCCUGGACGGACAGACGAGCAACUACGCGGCGCCGGCCGGACUGCAGCCGCGGGCUCUGGAGACGCUGCAGGAGCGGAGAGGGCGCCAGGAGACAUUCGCCUAUAUCGAACUGGCUUCGAUGAACUGCGGUAUUCUGAUGGAAGCCAAGAACGACAACUCAAAGUCCACCUACCUCACCGACUCAGACGUGGAGAUCUACAUUCCGGGCCAGCGGACGUCCACGGCCACCCAGGACGGCCGGGCGGGCCACCGAGGCUCGCCGGCCGCCCCCGCUCCCGCCCAGGCCGCCGCCGGCGCGUCUGCGGCGCCCGGGCGGUCCUCGGGCGGCGGUCCGUCCGACCCCACGGCGGCCGGGGGACGGAGGACCAGCGGCGCCGGCUACAGCACGCUGGAACAGAGGCACCGCGGAGCGCCGAGGGAGGAGGGCGACCAGAGACACCGCGGAGCGCCCAGAGAGGAAGGAGAGCAGAGACUGCGGGGACCGUCCAGGGAGGAGGCCGACCAGAGACUCCGCGGGACGCCCAGGGAUCAGGGAGAGCAGAGGCUCCGGGGAGCGCCGAGGGACCCGGCGCCCGGCCAGCCUGCCCGCCAGCAGGCGGCGUCCCGGCAGGCGGCCGGCCGCAGCCAGCCCUCGGGUCACAGCGGUGGCAGUGUGCGCACGAAGCGGCCGGGCGGCCCGGGUCCCCGGCGAAUCGCCAACAGCCGGAGCAGCACAGACCUGAGCGCCGGGCGGCUCAGCUCGGCGCACCUCAGCCACGCCGAGAGCGACCAGUGUCUGAGCGGCCGCUCGGCGCCGCGCCUGCUGCCCGCGCGGCUGGGCCACUCGCGCAGCAGCAGCCAGCUGGGUGGGAGCCACCAGAGCCUGGAGAGCGCCGAGCCGGCCGGCCGCCGCUGCGCGCCCGCCUCCCGCAGCGAGGACGAGCUGAGCGCGCACAGCCUGUCGCCGGCGGCGCGGCGCCGGCUGCGCGCCGACACCUCGACGCCGUCCUCCGGCAGCGGGCGCAGCCAGGCAGGCAGCCCGCGCGGCGCGGCGCCGGCCGGCCGGCGCGCCUCCAGCGGGCCGUACCUGGCGGCCGGCCCGGCGCAGCCGGCCGAGACGGACGUACUGCUCACCACGGCGCGGCCGGCGCACGUGCUGGACGCCAGCCCGGAGUCGGACGGCCCCCAGAUGGACUGGCAGACUCUGGUGGAUACGGCCACACGGGCCGUGCUCACCCAGCGGCCGGCCGCCGGCAGCAGGACGCCGCCCGGGGACACGGCGUCACCUGUAGCCCCCGCCGCUGCCGCCGCCCCCGCCCCCGCCGCCGGCUCGGCCGCCUCAGCCGCUCCACCGUCGCCCUCUGACGAGCUCCGCUCGCGUCUCACCACUCUGGAGAACGAGCUGGUGAACGAGCAGACCCGCCGCGAGCUGCUGCAGUCGCAGGUGCAGAAGCUGAGCUCGGACAACCAGCGGCUACAGGAGGAGAGUCGGCAGGCGGCGCGUCAGCUGAGAAAAUUCACCCAGUGGUUCCUCGACAACGUUGAGAAGCCGUGACCGGACGGCAGCCGCCGGCCUCCGCCGUCACCGGCCGGGCCCGGGGUGGGCCUCCUCCCGCCGGUACCGGGUGGGUGGUCCUCAGCGAACGGGCCGGCCUGUCGCUGAUCGCGUCGGGUUGGACGUGACUCUUGUGAGGAUGUGGUUUUUAUACAUGCGUGCGGGUGAGUGUGAGAUUUUCAAGGCAACUCGCCUUCUUAUAAGCCGUCCAUUUCGUCACGUGGCCAAAGAUUGUGCGAGAAAAUGACGAUUUUACGCGGAAGCAACUAUAUAUACCUACUUAUAGUUUUGUACAAUAUUUGUGUACAAUGUGCAAAAUGCAGCAUUGUGCUGCAGGCUAUCGUUGUGAUGAUAAUGCAAACUAUGAUGCUCGCGUGUGAGCUGUAGGUUUUUUUAUAAUUUAAUGAAAUGACCGCUGCCCUUUGGAAUAGGCAUGCUUACGUCCUGUAGCCUUGUUUACGAUGUCUUUGUCUAGGAAAUUUAGAAGGCGUUUGAUUUCGGUGAAUACCGAAUGUAAACUUACAAACGUGCGACAUGCACAGUCUAGUCCGUGCCUGCUUUGUACGAAGUCAGCUCAUCGAAUGAUCUGCAAUGCCAUGCAUGAUAAUAUAGUAAAAUGCAAUCAA